CCCCGCCCCCGCUACAGCCCGCCGUGGCCCCACAGCCCCGCUCUCCGCUGCGGAUCCAUCCUCCCAUCCCCCGUCUCUCGCUCCCUCUCCCGACCCACAUCUCUCUCACGAACUAGGGUUAGGCGCCGCCACUGUUUUCCUGGUCGACGGCGAGCUCCCGCGCCACCUACGGCUACGCCCAUCCCCGCCUCCCUAUCUCUCCACAGGAGCUCGACCCUACCGCCCUCUCCCGGUGGGAGCUCUACAACGACGAUCGAGCGCUGCAGGGCGUUGGUCCUCCUAUCCCACGCCGCCGCCAGCCGCCUGGACGCCACGCUGGAGGUCCUCGGCGCCGCCGGGAGCCAAGACGCGUUCCUCCACAAAGCCGUGAUCCGGGGCUUCACCGACGCAGGCCACCAUGCUGGCCGCCGUCGCGCACGCCGGCCGCUUCACCUUUCCCGAUCUAGGAAACCAGCAUUGCCGCUCCCCAUCUCUUAAUACAGAGGUGAUGACAAAGGAGGAAGAGGCGUUGUCAAGGUUGGACGAGCUGCUGACAAAGGCACAUCUGUAUUCUGAAUUUCUACUCGAAAAGAUGGACCAUCAGCUACAGAUUAUGUUGGCAGUUAUUCAAAUGAAAAAUAGGGAGGAACAUGUGGAAGAUCUGAAUAAAGGACAUGGUAUAAAAAGGAAAGCAAAGCCUAAACACUACAGUGAUGCAGUUGGGAUCAACUUUGUGAGUUCACUUGCUCUGUUAGAGACCAACCCUGCUACAACCAGUGAAGGAAGCACAUUUCAUAUGUCAGGAACCACACACAUCGCAGGAGAUGUUGUUUCUGUGUGUUCCAUGUGAUCUUCUGCCAUCGUAUUUACUUUAUUUGAUUUACUUCAGUAACUUGGAAGUAUCUUCACAAGUGCCAUGGUAACUUGCAUUAAGUACCUGUGCGCUCUACAAAAGCUUGCUAUUUUUCUUAUCUCACUCUGUUCAUAACUUCAUACUGAAGUUGAAUAUUUCCUUUACUAGGUAUGGAAUAGAACGUGAGUACGCUUCGAUGCAGAGAGACGCGAACUCUCCUCUUAGCCAGGACAUGAAAUCCUCAUAUGGGCGGCCAAGGCGAAUUAGGCGAAUCGUUGCUGUUCUUGCUGGGUGAUAACUAGGCCAUGAGUGGACUGUUCGUCUCAUUAUCCAGAUGUAUUUACAAGCUGGCCACCUCCACAAAUCAAUGGAUAUUUUUUUAUCGUGCAACAGUGCAACGUCGUGUUUGAUUCCUUCGGCCUCAUGCUAUCGUAUACAGUACUUCUUAAUCUUUGAGUCAGAAGGAGAAAAUUAUUACGAGUGUAUUGGACAUUCUUGAAGUUGGCAUUAGAUUCUUGCAAAUAAGGAGAUAUUCUAGAUUU